AUGAUUACUAAAGAAAUCACUGAUCUGGAAUCCAAGUCGGGCGACAAUUCGAUUGAGAAGCAGGCAAUCGAUGUCACCGUCGAGUCACUGGGAAACGAAGUUGAAGAUGAUGCUGAGAUUCAUGACAAGGCCUUUUCUAUCUUAAAAGGCCACAUCGAGGAGGCUGUCACUGAAGAAGAAAAUAAAAGAGUCAGAAGAAAAAUUGAUUUGAGAAUUUUACCAUUGAUCACUUUAGUCUACGGUAUGAAUUAUGUUGAUAAGGCAGCUUUAUCCUGGGCUGUCAUGUUCAACCUGAAGAAAGAUAUACACAUCGACGGUAACCAGUAUUCAUGGAUAUCGGCUAUAUUCUAUUUUGGGUACCUAGGUGCAGAAUAUCCCGCCAACUAUAUUAUUCACAAAUUCUCUGUUUCAAAGAUCAUCUGCAUUGUUUGUUUGGUCUGGGGAGUUUUACUUUUUGGUCACGUAGGAGUUAAAAAUUAUGGUGGGAUGUUGGUCAUUCGGUUUCUCCUCGGAGUAUCAGAAGCACCAAUAUCUGCUGCUUGCAUCAACUAUGUGGGGGAAUGGUAUACCAAGUCCGAGCAACCUUUCAGAUUCCUAUGUUUUGCUUCAGGCCAAGGUGGUCUUUACAUCAUUUUUUCGCUGGUAGCUUACGGUUUGGGCCACACCGACGCAGAGUUAAAGCCAUGGACUUACAUCUACCUAACCCUUGCAUGCCUUUCGAUUAUUUUGGGCACGUACAUGUGGUUCUUCUUGCCUACUUUGCCAAAUGAAGCAUACUUUUUGAAUGACAGAGAAAAGAUCAUUGCUUCCAAAAGAGUUGCAAAUAACAUGACAGGAAUCAAAGAUCUCAAGUGGAGAAAUUAUCAAAUUUGGGACGCUAUCAAAGAUCCGAAAACAUAUUUUCUUGUGUUAUAUAUGUUUUUCAGUAUGAUUCCAAAUGGUGGACUAACAAACUUUAACACUUUGGUGCUUAGUUCUUUCAACUUUGACAAGUACACCACGAUAUUAGUUAAUUUACCUUGGUCCUUCUUUUCUGCAGGUCAGAUGUGGAUUUGGGCCGUCUUCGGUAUUUACUUCAAAAACUUGAGAAUUUUAGGUCUAACUAUCCCUAUGAUUAUUGCUGUCAUUGGAUUGUCAAUUGUUUACGCUACUGAAGAUGGAGGGGCUUCCAAAUGGGGUAGAGUAUUUGCUUACUGGAUGAUUAAUUCUUGUAGCGCUGCUUUCCCUUAUGCGAUGAACUUGACAGGUCAGUUGGUCAGUGGCCAUACAAAACAAUCAUUCACGAAUAGCGCAGUUUUAAUUGCAUUUGCUGUUGGAAAUCUUGUCGGAUCUUUCUGUUUCAACGCAAGUGAUGCUCCGAGAUAUACUCAUGCUCUUGCAACAAUUAUGGGUUGUUUUGCAGCUUGUAUUGUCAUUGGUGCCGGUUUAGGUAUCUACAUUUUUUACGAAAACAGAAGAAGGGACAAACUUUACGGCAAUCCAGAUGAGGAUGAAACUUUGAGGCUAGAAGGUAUUAUCGAUGGUUUGAAGGAUAAAACGGAUUCUGAAAACAAGAAUUUUAGAUUUGUGUACUAA